AUGCGAGCCGCCGGGGACCUCAGAGGGAAGCUGAGCUGCUGUUCCAAGCGCUGGUUGGGGGUGAUGCUGCUGAUGUCUGCCUUCUUUGGCUUCCUUAGAAGCAUGAAUGUCCCUUAUCUAGAUGGCCACAAUUUUGAGUUGCAAUUGCACCUGCAAAGGAAGGUUCCUGAGGAGCAGAGUGACUACCAGGAAAUAACACUCCUAAGAACAGAGGCCAGAGACCUGAAUAGUCUACAGGAAAUAAGACUACUUAGUAGCAUAAAUACUAUUGUCCUGGACGACCUACGAAUAACAAAGCUACCAAGACCUCUGGGUUUCAUGCUUCACAUCUUCAAAGUGAGAAAGAUCGACUGGUUGGGAAAAGAGAAUGCCACUCUCGUCACCAAGGGAGAAAUGUGCCGGAAUUGCAAUUGUUUCUCUUUUCCUUACAUGUCUGCCUCCAACUCUCCCCAUGUCAGUCUUACAUUGAUGAUUUAUCCUAAAGCCGAGGUCCUGAAACCCCCGCGGACGGAUGUUCUUGUAAUGACGCCCUGGUUUGCUCCGAUCAUCUGGGAAGGGACUUAUAACAUCGACAUCCUGAAUGAGCAAUUCAAGCAAAGGAACGUGACCGUUGGACUGACGGUGUUUGCCAUCAAAAAGUAUGUGGUCUUCCUGAAGUUGUUCCUGGAAACCGCAGAGAAGCACUUCAUGGUAGGACACAAGGUGAAUUAUUACAUCUACACGGACCGACCUGCUGACGUCCCCGCCGUCCCCCUCCGAGAAGGAAGGAAGGUGGUCGUCCUGGAAGUCCAGAACUACGCCCGCUGGCAGGACGUCUCCAUGCGCCGCAUGGAGAUGAUUAGCCACUUCGCCCAGCAACGCUUCCUCCGGGAAGUUGGCUACCUCGUGUGUGUGGACGUCGACAUGAGAUUCAGCGACCGCGUCGGGGUGGAGAUUCUGAGCUCUCUGUUCGGCACUCUCCACCCGGGCUUCUACGGAGCCGAACGGAGAUCCUUCACGUACGAGCGGCGGCCUUUGUCUCGAGCCUACAUUCCCCCAGAUGAGGGGGACUUCUACUACGCUGGGGGAUUUUUCGGAGGGACAGUGAGCGAGGUGUACGAGCUCACCAAAGAGUGUCAUCAAGCCAUGAUGGCAGACAAAGGAAAUAAGAUUGAGGCAGUUUGGCAUGAUGAGAGUUACUUGAACAAGUAUUUGCUUUAUCACAAGCCCACGAAGAUUCUCUCUCCAGAAUACCUGUGGGAUGAGAAUCUUCUAGGCGGUCGUGCUUUUCUCAAGAAAAAGAGGUUCUUGGCUGUGCCAAAGAAUCAUGCUGCUAUUCGAAACAGAUGAGAGGUUGUUUUCCAAGCGGUUGGUGAAGGAUUUAUGGGACAGAUGGCCUUAUGACGUUUCCUUGUAUUUCACAAUGUACAAAAGUGUGUAAAUAUCCUUUUAGGGUGGGCUAUUUCCCGGGCUUCUCAGCCCUUAACUCUGUCCACUUUAGAAGUCAUUUUAGGAGU